GGUGCGCGUCUGGAAGGAGGCUCGCGCGCAUUCGCGAGCGGCAGCUCAUUACGGUGCACGGCGUUGGCCCCCUCGCGAGGAUACGUACGAGAGUGGUCGUGUGCAGGGUCUCCGGGCCGCGAUGAAGGGCAAGGCGAAGCCGACGGAGUUCCGAGGUCAGCGGAGACCCUCGGCGGCGGCGGCGGUGGCGGCGGCCGGUGGGACAAGGCCGCGCGUACAUCCGGCCUCGACUUCCAUCUACUGGGAGUCCGUGGACUCGUCGGGCGGCAGCUCCGGCAGCGGCAGCCGUAACUACGUAGACCCCUGGGACCUCGAGAACUACGCGUACCUGCGAAGACACAGCAUCGCCGUGGCCAGUCCUCAACCGGUCUACCAGGCGAGCCGUAACCACGGCUAUAGCGGCCGGCUUUCCAACCACUCGCCCCUUCUCGAAUCCGACGACUACUGGUACGCCUCGGCAAUAAGGGAGCCGGGUUACGAUGCCCCGGCUAGCGUCGAGGAGAUUUACUUCCGGCCGCCCCGGCCAGUGAGCAAUGGCUACUACUACCAGCAGCCGACCUACGAGGAUGAUGAGUCCCAUUACACGGCCCCGGUGCCCCUCUACACUCGCCUCUCUGAGAUCGAGCAAGCCGAGGCGCUCGAGGAACUAAGGACGAGGGAGAUGCUGAGGCGGCGGAGCAAAGCCAUCCCCGGACCGAUGGACUACCCGAGGCCGAGGUGA